GCGCUCGCUCAUUCCAGGCGCGUUCUGAAGAAGCCGAUCCCUCCAAACUUUGUCUCGGACACGUUUUUGCCGCAUCUAGAGCAUCAGAUCAUUCAUAUGGCUCCAUCUUUUUCAGUGCUUCAGCUUGGCGAGGUGGGUGGCGCGUACGCCAAGCUCCCUGAGGCGUUGCGCGAUAAGGAAGUUGAAAAGGUGCUUCUGGAGCAUGUCAGGAAAAACUUGAAGCACGUGCAUACAUCUGAAGAGGCAAUGGCAGUCGUGUCUCUCAUGGAGCUCUUGUGGGCAGGGGGCAGCGCCAACCUCUCCCCGGACGGAAAUCCUCCCGAAACGCGGAAAGACGGAGUGCUGAGCUGGCUAGUGGUCGGCUCUGGACGAACGCGACGCGUGGAGGCAGACUUGUUCGUGUCGCUGAAGGAGAAGACAGAGGCAGAGCCAGCAUUGCUGUCAGGACUGUCGGCGCUAAAUUUGUUUUCCUUCAUCCGCGCUUACACAAAGGCCCUUGCCGACCCAAAUGCCUUUAGAAAACACGAGCGAGAAUCGCUGGAGACGUUUGUUAAGCAACUCAGAAGGCGAACGGAUGCAAUGCUGAAGGCGCAUGAUCCCCAGGAGUUAAUCUCGAUCAUCGCGUCCAUAGCAACUUACGGAGGAACUGCCACGCCCUCGCCUAUGCCGCCUACACCGCAGCAGCAGCAACAACAACGACACAUGCAGCAGCAGCAGCAUUCCGAGGAAGCCCAGCACCUCUUGAACACAGAAAACAUGCAGCAGCUCCUGUCUCGCAACCCGCAUCUCGCCGUGUUGCCUCACGUGUUGCAACAGGUGGAUGGACACCUGAAAAGGGACGGAUUUUCAUUUUUCCAGCUCUUUCAAUUGUUGCACUUGCUGCAGAAAUGCGGAAUUAGACACCAGGGCAUCUUAGAAGAAUGCGAAUACUUCUUGCACAACGGAACGUACACUCCCAAGGCACACUCUGAAGAGCCUCCUCGCGAACAACCUCUCAACCGGCAGCAACACCAGCAGCUGCAACAGGAGAGUGUCUUGGAAGUGGAUGCGGAGGCGCUCCGCAAGAUGAAUGUCACAGAGGUUUCGCAGUUCAUCCAGGCUUUAGGUCAAAGGAUUCGUUCCCAAGGUCUCUUGGAGCAGCACCAACAGCAAGAGCAGCAACCGUUGGCAGCAGCAAAGAGGGGUCCUGUUGCAGACGUGUUGCCGCCUUCCUUGCUAGCCAAGAUUGCAUGGUGUUUCAAUCAAUUUGGCGAAUUUCACAGAGUGGAAAGGGUUCUGGAGCGGCCGGGAGCCCCGGUUUUGCAGCUUAUCUGCAACAGGCUGGCCACAACUGCAAGCGGAAUGCGGCCUUUUGAGUUCCUCUUUUUCGUCGUCGGCGCUCUGCGCCUCGGCCGUCUGUACACCGCAGAACUCAUGGGUUCUGCCGAGUUGGAUCAAUUAUUUGCUAUGCGCCAUCCACAAAACGGCCGCGUCACAAGAACACGCAGAUUGUGUGCUCGAGUUGCUGCCACAAGAAUGGCUCAGCUCCAUGCUUGGAUGAAAGGAAUGCGAUCAACGGCUUUCGGCGAUAUAAAUGUAGCAGAGCUUAGCCUCGUGAUUCCGCAUUCAGCUGUCUAA